UUCCAAAUUUUACCCCGGGAUCCCGAUGGACCCGAUUCCACCCCCUCUCCCAUGUUAAAAUUUUUCCAAGAAUAUAUUUUAAAAACCCUAAUAAAAGUUAAUAAAAAUGUCAGAUAACAUUCCAUUUGAAUUGCAAGGUGAAAUAAUCAAAUGGGUUGAUGUAAAAUCAUUGCUUAAAUUCAGGUCGGUUUCAAAAGAAUGGAAGUCACUCAUCGACAGCCCCGAGUUCGCCGCUGAUUACUGCGUCCACCAAUCGCCGCCCCACCGUUUGCUAAUAAGGUUUCUUUGGUCUCAGGCUGCUCUUGACGGUGUUAUUUAUUGGCAUGCUUUUGAGAUGAUUAAGGUAGAUAAUGGUACAUUUCGGCAUCACAAUCUGAUUAUGUCGUUUGACUUGAAUAGUGAGGGGUUCGAAGAAGUGUGCCUUCCAGAUAAUUUAGCACGCCUAUAUAAGGAAAGGUUAUCUAUCCAUAAGCGAAUGGAGUCUCUUGUAGUUCUUGAAAUCAUUAAAACUGGAACAUCUUAUGGUGUAUGGAUGAUGGAGCAAGGUGUUACUAAAUCGUUUACAAAACUGUUCAAUGUUACGACAUGGGAUUCGCAUUUUUUUAAAGUACAUGGAUUUUUGAAGAAUGGUGAACCUGUAGUUUCCCAUGGAUAUGGAUCUGUUACACUUUUUGCUUAUGACCCUUACUCAGAAAAAUUCAAGGAUCUAGUGAUUAUUGGACGCUGUGUUAGCUUAUCUGUGAACUCCUACAUGGAAACUCUUCUUUUGAUUGAUCAAUGAAAUUUUUUAGUGUUUAUUUGGGCAUAAAUGUCAGGCCAUGCUAGUGGUUGCAUUUCAAAGUGUGGAGCUUUGGGGUGGGCGCACAAGGUAUGGAAAUAGAAGUGGAAUUAAACCAUAGAUUAGUUGAAGUUAAUGAAGAGUUUAAUGCUUUUCGUAAUUUAUAUGGAUAGAUUAUGUUUGUUAGUAGUGGGAUUAAUGUGUCUAAUCUUUAUUUUGUUGAAUCUGAAGGAUAAAAAUAGUAAACUUUUUUUACUUA